AUGCCUUCGCAAAGUCGCGCUUUUGCGAGCUACCAUGUCUCGCGCAAAAGCGACGAUGGCAUCCCGAAGCUCUCGAAGAACGGGCGUUCGUACUCGGGUAGUAGUGCACAAUAUGGACCCAGGGGUUCGUCUCUAGCCACGAGCACAAUGCCCGGUGUGGCUCCAGGUAGCUUCAGCACAGACUUGAAGACCACAUCCUUUCCUCGAAGUACAGCAUCAAGACCAGAACUGGCCAUGUCCCGUGUUACCAGUAGUGGCCCUAACGAUGACGAUCCAGUUACAGAGUCAGAACAACGGCAAGCCGUUGUGCGAGACAAGAUUGCAAAGGAAAUGAAGAUCAAGCUGGGCACAGAAAAUAUGCUGGAAGCGUUGCAAUCGAAGAAUCCAAAGCAGACCAAAGAGCAGAGACAGAAGGUAGAGAUGGAGCUGGGUUCUUCUAAGCGGAAGCUGCACGAGCUUCAUCAAGAGCUGAACCAAGAGAUUCAACGCGCGCAAACUCCCACAACGCCUCCCAGAAAUCACAUGUCUAGUUACUUCCGUGGCAGCCCGAUGAAGUCGCCGCCUGUCGCUCCAGAUUUGCCAGAUCCAGAACCACCGUCGGAUGCUUUCGAAGGGGAGUCGCCCUCCCUAGUACUGACAGAGAUACUUCAGGAGCUGGAGAUUGAAGGCAUGCAGCCAGACUACUAUAUCGAGCGAGCCAAUACACUGGUUGAGCUUUUCAAACGCCAUCCAACACUUAAAUACGACCUUGCUUGGUCCGUGUUCAGCCUUCGGGUCCAGAUGAUGCUCCUUAGCGACAGUACAGAUGUGGUCGCAGCAGGCUACCGCUUGACGAGAUACGCCAUCGCUGAUCGAUCGUCACUAAAAACGAUUCGAGCUCUUCACACUGACGAGGUGGUGAUCCUGUCCCUGGUGAAGAAGGGAAAUGCAAUACUGGAACGAGAGCAGGCUGUCAAAUUUGUCAGGGCUUUUUUGGAUGUCAAAGAUGGUGUCUUGGAUGUUUCAAGAGCCGUUGUUCGGGCAGUAGUGGCUGUUGCAGAGCAACAUGAUGAUCGAUUGCACCAUAUCUGUAUCUUGACUUUGGCAGAGAUCUUGAUGAGAGAUCCAGCACUUCUCAUCCAAGCUGGUGGCUUAAACACUCUCACCGAGAUUCUGUCGGAAGGCACGUUUCAUGCAUCCGAAAGCCUCGCGGUAGGCUUUAUGAAGCUCCUCGACGCUCCCCGUCGGCGAGGGUAUUUGAAAUCUGGCCGGGAAAUCGAAACGUUUUUCGGUCCACUGACAGAUCCUCUCUACUGUAAUGGGCAUGAAGAGCGACUCAAGACAAGCGUCAAGGCUGUUGCAGAAAUGUUGAAGUCAUGGUCAGGAUUACUAACAUUAUCUAGGAACAACGCAGCUGCCAUUAGGUCACUGCUAGGUUCGUUACAAUAUCCUACCAUCCAGGCAAAGGACUUAGUUUUGGAACUACUAUUUGACGUGCUUCGAAUCAAGGCGCCUUCGUGGUCAUCGACUUUUCUGGCCGGGCGACGAUUGACGACAUAUGGGCGAGGUUUACAUGCACACCACGAACCAGCGAUCAAAAGGCUAAAACACGAUACCGAUCACGAGUCUCAACGGCAAGAUCUGACAUCACAUUUCUCGACUCUUGUUCUGGCAACACUACUGAGAGCUGGUCUUAUUGAAGCUCUAACAAACAUGAUCAAAAGCGAGGAAGAUCUGGCCAUAAACCGGAAGGCCACUCUUUUGCUUACAGAAAUUCUAAGAUUGGCCAACUACUGUCUUCCUGAGCCUGCUCGCUCUGAAAUUCAGGUUCUGAGCGGACUCGUGACGGAAAGAACGAUAUCCGAUGCGGAAGAGUGUGCCAUUAACGCGGCACUGAUCUUCCAAAUCGAGAGUAUUAAUCGAACGCUGAACCGUGUCAGUAGCAUCACAACUGUCAGCCGAGCUUAUGAUUCCCGUGGGGACAUUCAUCUUGGUUCGCCAUUGGUCGAUAAGUCGAAACUCAGUGCCUCUAUGGAUGCCGAGCAGUUUCGGCAAGCUGUUCUCGAUACCCAAGUGCCAAACCACAUUCAAUUCAUCAAGUGGAAAUGGGACCUCAUACACAGCAUUAUUGAAGGUCCUUUGACAAAUCCGAAGCGAGUCGAAGAAGUGCUGAACUCCAAAUUCUUGAAACGCUUGACUGCUUUCUACAGGCCUUUUAAGUACCGAUUCUCAACGGUGCGGAACACGAGACCCAACCAAAGAUAUGUGAGAACUGGCUGUGCUCUCAUCAAAAGUCUUAUGCAGACUGCCGCGGGGAUUCAAUAUCUGACUGAGAAUAAGCUCCUCCGGCAAGUGGCAGAAUGUAUGGCUCAAGUAGACAGACUGAGUGGCCUGACGUCUACGUCACCCUUUUUCGACCGAAGCCAAAUGGUUGAAACCCUUAGCGGAGGAUACUUUGCCAUGGUCGGUACCCUCAGCCAGACUUCCGAUGGGAUCUUGAUGAUGCAGAAAUGGCAUAUGAUUAACAUGUUCUACCACAUUGUAGACCUUCAUGAUCGGGAGGACCUGGUUGAGACGCUGCUGGGGAACAUGGAUUUCUCAAUUGAUAGUCAUCUUCGAGUGUUACUGUCAAAGGCACUUACAGCAGGAUGCAAGCAGAUUCGCAUCUUCGCCACGAAGCUAUUGCGGCGAUAUGCCAUAAGUAACGAGCUGUCGAACGCAGGUGAUGUUGCUUCUGGCUCGAGAUGGGUACUCAAUCUCCUGCUCACCCAGCUCUACGAUCCUGAUGUUGAAGUUUGCGAGAUUGCCGUGAAAAACCUGGAAGAGGCUUGCAAUCGUCGAGACCAUUUGGAGUACGUGGUAAAGUGUCGACCCUCGUUAGAUCAUCUUGGGGAGAUUGGGGCACCACUGCUGCUUCGGUUCUUGUCUACCUCUGUUGGCUACCACUACCUUGACGGACUGGACUAUAUCACCCAGGAAAUGGACGAUUGGUUCUUGGGCCGAAACGACACGUAUGUAACAUUGGUGGAAGCCUCACUCGCGCGUGCCUAUGCCGAGCAACCUAGCCACAGCCGGAACACAUACAGUAGUAAUGACGAUAUAUUGGAGCUCGAAGAUCUCGGUGUUGUACCACCGCAUUUCUAUCGAGAGCUUGCUCGAACUGAGGAGGGAUGCCGGCUGUUAGAGAAAUCCGGCCAUUUCAACGACUUCGCAUCUGUAGUUCGCGACUUCGAACUAGACGAAGAGGAUGAUGAGACGCUUACCAAGGUAAAGGGCUGCUUGUGGGCCAUUGGGAAUGUGGGAUCAAUGGAAUUGGGAGCAACGUUCCUCGAAGAGACCGAAAUCGUUGGCUCAAUAGUUAGGAUUGCAGAAGGCGCCGAAGUGAUGUCGUUACGGGGCACAGCGUUCUUUGUUCUCGGGCUGAUGUCAAGAAGCAAGCAUGGAAAUGAGAUGCUGUUGGAGCUCGGUUGGAAGUCGGCAGUUGACGAGCGUGGCCAAUCGUUAGGGCUGUGCUUGCCAGACCAGCUCAGCAGGCUGUGUUCGGUAACAUUCCGGCAUAACUCUACCGACGAGUCCAAGGCACUCAGAGAGAACGCGGAGAAGUACAAGGCUGCCGCGAUUGAUGACAAUCCCUUCCACGCCAGAGUGCUGAAAGCGGUCAUCGAGAUGGGCAAUACCGUGCUGGCGAAGAAGGUGGCAGUCGAAUUGAAUGGCCUCAAAAUCCGCCAUCAAAAUGCUUUCAAGCAGGUCUCGCUCUUCAAAAAAACAUUAGCACUGCUAGAAAGCCAUCAUUAUCGGUUGUGGCAGCGACAAUUCAUUCUUGAUCUUUUCGACAAAGGCAUCAUCAGAAGAAUUGUGCUAGAGGAAGAUAUGGAGGAUGAGAUGGAAGCAAGUACGGGUUGA